CUUAUGUCAAUUCAAACUUUCUAUAUGAGAAUUCAAAUAUUUAAAACAAGUUAUAAACUGUAAUAAUUCAAGUUUAAACAUCAUUUAAUGAAGAAAAUGUAUAUUUAGGCAAUAAAAGAGUAUGGAGAAGUUUUUAAACGUUCGUAGUAUUGAAGAAAUUCCAUUACCUUACAGAGAAGUAUUUUCUGAAUAUGUACAUUUUAACCCUGUUCAGUCAGAAGUGUUAGAUGAUGUUUUUGAUUCUGACGAUUCCAUAGUUAUAUCUUCGCCCACCGGCUCAGGAAAAACAACAAUUUUUGAAUUAGCAAUAGUUAGAUUGCUAAUGCAAUAUGGCAGCUCCAAUAUGGAAUUUAAAAUAAUUUAUAUUUCUCCCAUGAAAUCACUCUGUCAAGAACGUCUGAUUGAUUGGAAUAAAAAAUUUUCUCAUUUUGGUCUCAAUAGCAUAUGUAUAACUGGAGAUUCAGAAAAUGCUGAAUUUCAAAAUCUCAUCUAUCACAAUUUGAUUAUCUCCACACCAGAAAAAUGGGAUAGUCUCACAAGAAGAUGGAAAGAACACGGGGAGCUUGUGAAGGUGAUUAAAUUAUUCAUGAUAGAUGAAGUACAUCUUUUGAACGAAGAAGAUAGAGGAUCUACACUGGAAGUAAUAGUUAGCAGGAUGAAAACGGUACAAAACUCAUUAUCACUAAACCAUGUAACAGAUUGCAAUAUUAGAUUUAUUGCAGUGUCUGCAACUAUAGGAAAUAUCGAAGAUGUUGCUGAAUGGAUUGGAAGUCCAAGACAUUAUAGAUUUCCAGAAGAGAUGCGACCGGUGCAAUUGAAAAAGUUGGUAAUCGGCUUUAGUUACAAACAAACGUCAUCUUCGGCAUUCAAAUUUGAUCUCUCGUUAAACUAUAAACUACAAUCCUUACUGAUGACACAUUCGGAAGGAAAACCGACGUUGAUAUUUUGCAGUACGAGAAAAAGCGUAGAAAUGACUGCCAAACAUCUUGAUCAAACCUUAAAAAUAAAAUUAGAACCUCACAAAUUACAGAACUUGCAAAAAUUUGCUAUCAAUAUUCCCGACGUGAAAAUUCAGGAUAUGUUAAGACACGGCAUCGGCGUACAUCAUGCAGGUAUGGACGUAGAGACCAGGCACAUUAUCGAAGAAUUAUUUCGUAAUGGAGAUUUGCCAAUACUAAUAGCUACCAGUACGUUAGCAAUGGGUGUUAAUCUACCUGCGCAUUUGGUGAUUAUAAAAUCAACGAAAUACUACGUUAAUGGUACAAUACAAGAUUAUAGUGCAACGGCCAUACAUCAGAUGAUCGGAAGAGCCGGUAGACCUCAAUUCGAUACAACAGCCACAGCUUUGAUUUUAACAACUAACGAAGAUAAGAACAAAAUUGAAAAAAUGUUAAGUACCACGGAACCGGUAGAAUCUAAUCUUCAUCGACAUCUUACAGAACAUUUAAACGCUGAGGUAGUUUUAGGAACAAUAACCGGUUUGGACGUGGCUUUACAAUGGUUAGCUUCCACGUUUCUUUAUAUAAGAGCUCGGAUAAAUCCUCGACACUACGGUCUACCUCAGACUUAUAAAAAAGAACAAUUGGAUAAGAAAUUGUUGGAGAUGUUCCAGAUCGAUUUGAACAAAUUAGUUCGAGCCGGUAUGAUAACAAUGGACGAAAAUAUAAACGUAAGUCCAACAAUUACGGGUCAAUUGAUGGCAAACUAUUACGUCGAUUUCGAAACUAUGAAAAUGUUUACUCAAAUAACCGGAACGGAGAUUUUCAUACAAAUCUUAGCAAUAAUAUCGAAAUGUCAAGAAUUUUCCGAAACGCGUUUGAGAGUAAGCGACAAAAAAACCUUAAAUCUAUUAAACAAGAACCCGAAAAAACAAACGAUACGCUUUCCGUUGAACGGAAAGAUUAAAACUUGGGAUAUGAAAGUUAAUUGUAUUAUUCAAGCCGUACUUGGUAAUUUGGAGAUUACGGAUACUUCUAUACAAACGGAAUCGUUUUCAAUAAUAAGGAACGCGAAACGUAUCAUGAAAUGUUUGAUACACUAUUUGAGCAUGAAGAAACAAAAUUAUUUUACUGCUUUACUUAAUGCGACUAUUUUGGGAAAAUGUUUGAAUGCAAAAUUAUGGGAAGACUCGCCGUACGUGAGUAAACAAUUGACCGGAAUUGGUAGUAUCUUCGCUACACAAUUAGCCAAUGCCGGUAAAGAUACUUUCGAUAAUAUUCUGAAGGCCAAUCCUCGAGAUAUUGAAACGAUCGUAAAAAGAAAACCUCCUUUUGGUGAUUCUUUAAUAGAGGAAGUGAAACAUUUGCCGAAAUUUUCAAUGCGUAUGGACAAAAUUAGUGAAGGUUGUAAAUUAACUAUUACAUUAGAAAAUGUCGAUUUACUUCUACGCAAAUCUACGAUGAAAGAAACGUCACUUAUGACACUUUUAGUCGGUAACGACCGGAAUGAAACGAUAUUCCACGAAAAUUAUCAAAUCUCGUAUCUGAUAGAAAAACCGGAAGUGGUUAAAGUUAUAAAAUCUAGUGAUGCAGGAGUGAUUGAAGCCUAUUUCAUAAGUGAAGAUUGGGUUGGAGUUGAUUGCCAUUGUGACGUUAUUUUGAAUAAUCAAACAAAAACUAAUGAUGUAUCUGAAGUUCCAAAAUUAAGCAAAAGUAACGUCAAUUCGAAUCAGAAUUCGUACAUUCAGACAUUUUUGGAUAUUUAUAUGAAAAUUAAAAAGCCGGAGAAAUGUAUAACUGCAAAAAAUCAACAAAAAAAUAGGAAUGAAAAAGAUAAACAUAAAAAUAUCGUCAGCAUUUAUCCACCCGAAGAAACAUUCGAUGAGUACAUUAAAACUAACGUAGAAAAUGCUAUAAAUCGGAAUGAAAGUCUAAAUUAUAUAAAAAACGAUCUUAUAUCGGAUGAAUCUGAAUCAAUUAAUAAAGAAAACAAACUUUCUGAUUAUGAUUAUAAAGAUAAAAACCCCAAACUCACCAUAGAAGAUUUGUUCGAUUUACCUGAUGAAGGAUUUAAGGAACAAGAUAAAAUUGACAAUGGAAACAGUUUCUAUGAUUUAGCAAAAGACGCUGAUGAUAACAAUAUUUAUACGGGUGUUUGUUACGGUAGCAAAAACGACGAUGUUCAAGCUGAUUUGGAUGAAAUAUGUUCACGAGAUAACCUCAAACCAAAUGACAUCGGCAAUAGCGAAGGACUUACCAAAUUGAACGAGACUUUCCGUAGUCGAAACGACGAUGUCCAAGCCGAUCUAGACGAAAUAUGCCAACAAGAAGAAAAACAAAAAGAAUUAUCGAAAAUCGCCGAUGAAGAAGAUUUGAUGAACUUUUUUAACACCAGCUCUCUACUAUCGAUGUUUGAAGAUAUCGAUACAAAACCAGCUUCUUCCAUCGUAGAAACUAAUAAGGAGAUCGAUGUAAUAAAAAAGGCUACGGAAAAGCAAGUUGCGUCUACGGAGAGCGAAAAUAAGAAAAGUUUCGAGAGAAAAUAUAGUUUUAAUAACUCUUUAACGGAAAAGAGUCCAUUGCUUUAUGCCCUUUCUCAAAAAUAUCUGACAGAUGAUAUUAGCGUAAAAAAUACUUCGUUCAAACCAAGAACUGCAACUGGUGGAAGAAAUAUAACGCUAAAGAAUAUUUUGAACCAGAGAGGUAAAAAACGAAAAAAACUUCUCGAUAUACAUCCAGCUGAAGACUUGGAAGAUCAACUAAGCAAAAGAGAAGAGCCUAAUAAAAAGCAGUUUAUAGGAAUGUUCAAAAAACCAUUGAAAAAGAAGAUGUCUCAUACAUGCAACGAUAAUAAUAAUCUACCGGACUCUACGAUGGGUAAUCACCCUUACAAAAUGGAGGAUCGACAUUCUAACGACAAUUCUGAUACUCAGAAGAAGAACAUUUCUUGGAGAUCUCCAUUAGUUUUUUCUCCCGGCAUAAAAUUUUCACCAAACACUUCCGAAACAGCUGAUAGUGAAAUACAAAGUGAUAGUCACAACGUAUCAUUGGACACAUCUUCUUCCGUUUCUUCAAAACAUUUAACAACUCAUGCGCACAAAACACCAAGACGCUUCAAAAAUUCUCUAGCUCAAGCGCAGCAAACCAAAGCAAAUCGGUUGCCUUUAAGCGAUAAAGACUACAAUCGUUAUCAAAACGUGAAAAAAACUAGAGAAUUAGAUAAUAUCGAGAAAUUUUCGGAUAUUUUCUCAUCUCAAAUAUUAGGAGGACUUAAAACGAAAGAAAGAAACUCGAACAGAAUAUUGACUAAACGCAGCGCCGCAUCGGCUUGCGAUUAUUACUUAUCCGAAACAAGUAAAUCGAUUAAAAAAGAAACUGAAACACCGAAAAAGGAGGAAACCAGAAGUACGGAAGAGACAGACGAAAAUGAAAUUAAUUUGAAUGCAUUAGAAGAAGAAAACUUUUUCGACUAUCCCGAAGACGAAAUUAUCGCUCAAAAUAGAUGUCAAUCUCCGACGUACGUACCCAGAGCCGCAUCGUCAGAAGAAUAUGUCAGAAAAAAUUACCCGGUUUAUACGGGAUGCGAAUUGGUAUCGAAUAACAGAUAUUUACAACCGCCGCCGCCUACCGUCGAUUGUCGUAGUUACGAGACUUGGCCGAAUCCAACUUUUAGUUCCGUCCCCAAAACAAUGCCGAACGCGAUGCAUUUCUCUAACUACGUUAAUCCUAUUCGUCCAGAUUUGCGACCAUGUUAUCCGCCGAUGCCCAACUACGGGUAUGUUCCUCAACAAUACGAAAUGAGACCGUUCGUAGGGCAGUAUGGAGAUGUUGGUGCCACGUAUGGUGGUGCAUAUCAGAGCGAUAUUAAUCCACAGGUUACUGCAUCUAGAGGACCUUUUUCUCCCAAAAAUGCAUAUGAUGGUAUGUUAAUUCCUAACACCAUUCCAUCGGCAACAACAGCAAGACGUUUUUACAGAACUACCGAUGAUCUAAAUAAUUCUUAUUUAGUGCCAGAUUCACCCUUUCCUGUUCGGUACAAUCAAAAUAUUCCUACACCAAGAUUUUUUCCUAUAGGCAAUCAUGACGUCCCUUACGGUUUAAUUCCGGAAUACCAACAAAGUCAAGAUGCCGAUAAGGAUUUCGUUAUGAAUCAUUACUGGGAAUCAUUAAAUCGCGAAUAAGUAUAAAUUUCAGUCAAUUGAAAUUUGAUUGUAACUUUCAAUUUUUGAUAAAAUAUUUUUAGGUUAACUAUUUUCGUAUUCGUUUCAAAUGGUUUGUUGAAAAUAAAAUUCGUUAAUUUGAUAUGUUUAUA